AUGACUUCUUCUAUUACACUUUGUAUACCAUCGUCAUGCAUUUCGCGCCGAAGCUGCAAAAACUUGGAACAAGCCACAUUUACGGCCUAUCAAAUAGCCAGAGCAGCUUGCACUUACAACGUUGGAGAGAUAGUUAUUCUUGAUGUGCCGGAAACCAUAGAAGCUGAAGAAUCGAAUAAGAUAAAGUUUGAGGAGAAGGGUAUUUCCGCAAGCGACUCAUCUAGGAUUCUUGCUGCUCUUCUCCAAUUCUUUACAACACCUUCAUAUCUGGUGAAAACUGUGUUUCAGGCCUCAGUGAUAGAAUACUUCAAGAUAGCCAAAAAGCUGCCCAAAAUUUCCACCCUUCCCUACAUGCAAAACGCCGCUGCUUCUUCAUUCAGAGAAGGUAUAUCGAUUCCGAAAAAAUCAGUGGUAAAGAAAACUGCUGAAGGUAAGGUGUUGAAAAAGAAAAAGCCUACCACCACCAAGUUCGUCAACAUAGGAGAUCGCAAAAUGCUGGAAUUGGAGGAGGAAAUACCCAUCAAUACAAGAGUCACUGUGAACAUGAAGACCAAACGAGUGGUAUCCCCUGAUGAUGCUUAUGGAAAAGCAGGAGCUUUAAGGACUUUCGGGUAUCACGUUCGGGUGGCCACAAAGCUUAGUAGCGUAUUUACCGAGCCAGGAUACACCGAGGGAUAUGAUAGAUGCAUAUAUGUGAGCAGUGGCGAUUACUUUUCUAAUGAGCAGCCUGCAACUGAACUCCCGAGCUACCAGAAAGAAACAGAUAAAAGACUGUUGUUGGUUGUGGCCAAAUGGAACGACAUUAAUAAAGCAUUCAAAUCUGAAACCAUUGAAGGGGUAAAUUCCACUGGGCACAAGAAUUGA